GAGAAGCUGCUGGAGCCUCGAUGGAGGAAUAAUCUGUGUUUCCAGAGGGAAAACCUGCGGGACCUGCUGCUGGAGAAACAAUCAAAUAACAAGCGGAGCGAAGAAGAAGAAGAACGGGACAAUUCGAGUGCUCGACAGGCUGAACUUUACACUUAGUUUUGUUACAAAUCAAUUAAUUUCCCUAAAACCAAGACGGCGUGUUCCAGCGACCAGUGGAGAUAUGUUCAAGAAAAGCAAGAGUAAAGUGCUGGUGGAUUAUGCGUCAGAGGAAGAGGACAUGUCCUGGCACUAUCAUCACUCCUACAAGGACAAAGAUAUAACAGGAGAGGAAGAGGAGGAGGAAGCUGUCAUUGAUGUGUCCAAGGAGGACAAGGUGAAGAAGACCAUGUCCAAGAAGGAGAGGAGGGAGAAGAAGAUGUUCUCCUCUAAAGAUGACGAGCACUUCUUGUUGACGGGAGUGAAACUGGCCGACCGCAGAGGGUCUCAGAAGAAAAUCAAAGAUGAAGAAAAGGAUAAAGAAAAGAAGGACAAGCCGGAGAAGGGCCACUGUUUCUGGGAGAGUGUUACUAUGACGAUGAGGCAGAUCUCGCCCACCAAGAAGCUGGAGAAGAUGGAGGGCUGGGAGCCGCCUCAGCUGGAGGACUUAAACGAGACGACGACUGAUGACGCCCCGGAGGACAAGAGCCCGGAAGGGGACUCGCCGUCACCUCAACACGAGUCUCCAGGCCUUCCGUUGGACCUUGCCUCCUGGGGGGGGCAGGGCCUGGAAGAGGACUCUUCCCGCUACGCGAACCUGUCGGACUCCAGGGAUUCAACAGCGGCUGUCACGUGGACGUCUCGCGCCAAAGUCAAGCUGGCCGGCAUCAGCAGGAUGAGCAGAGGGAUCGUGUCGGACAUUGCGUGGGAGGGGUUUAAAUAGUAGCCAUUUAAACUUAUGAUACCCCCUCUGUCCUUCUUCACCGGCCUGAUGAGGAUGAAGACCUGAACCAAAUAUCUGCUUGUCUUCGUAGUCUUUAAACUUAACAGGUGCUAACUGAUGUUGAGCUGCUGUCCUGUAGUAAAGACCUGCGCAUGAAACAUGAAGUGUGACUUUGGUAUUUCAGCUUUAAAGUCAAUGAAGACAACAAUGUUAGUUUUAUCAAUGGGCUCUUUUUUUGUUAAAGUUUUGAAUCACUGGUAUAAAUUGUAUAGUAAAACAAAUGAACGCCUUAAAAUGCUUGACCUGUAGAUAUGUGAUUCAAAAAGUGAUUUUCAUGUCAUUUUUUUGUGGCUGUUUAUUAUUUUAGUAUCAGAGAACUGAUGAAGAAUAUGCAAACCUACUCCAGAUUUUAUAAAGUUAGAAUGUUAGAAAGUUCUCAGUUGUUUUAUGUCUAAGCUGUUACAGAAUGAGAGGUUGAAGCCUUAACUUAUGCAUCAAUACUGAGUUGUGCAAUCUGGCAUACCAAUGUGUGUAACUGCUGUGUGUGUGUGUGUGUGUGUGAGAGAGAGAGUGAGAGUUACAGGUAAAGGAAGACAAAGACAGAUAAAGACCGAAGGCAGAUUCAGACAUGAGCACCAUUAAAUGUCCGGAAAAAUUGGUUCUGGACA